CGACUCCAUCGUCCUACUAGUCAUGUCCUCGAUUUCAUGUCCUCGACAGUCCAAAAAUCAAAACCUCUUGUUCCACUCAAAGUGAUCGAUGAUUGAACCACAACUUCGUCUCCGCGCGCAACUCAGAAAGCUAACACAUCCGCAAUCAUGCCAUUCUUCAGAGCCCACUCCAAGAGGAGUAAGUUGAACGAGCGACGCAGCACGACUGCCGCGGCUCCUUCAAGACCCGGCACAGCAGACAGUCUCUUCGGUCCACCACGUCCGCCCCCACCACCACCUCCAAUCUCUGCGCCGGACAGAAGUGACAAUGCAACACCAGCAAGUUUCGCGUACGACAACGGCACAGGCACGCUGGAUCCACAGCUUGUCCAGGCCGAGGGCUUACCAAUGCACUUUAAGACCACAGACCAACUCGCAGAUUUUAUUCGAAAUCGUAAUUCUUCAUCCGCCUCGUCCUCGCACUACUCAACCGAAUCGAACUGUUACUCCCCAGCCCAGCCUCAAGCACAAAGAGUCUUCAGCGUCCAGACCAAUCCGUACACACUUCCCCGACCCGACUCGCAUACUGUCAGAGCAGGAUCUGACCCCAUGAUGGCAGGCAUCGGUCGCAGGUAUCUCUCGGCACCUGUAAGGCGUGUCUUGCCCGGAGCAACCAAGAGAAAUGAGCAUCAAGGAUAUUGGAUGAGGAGAGGAACCAUGCGCCGAUUGCCCGUCGAAGGAGGUAAGGAUCAUAAAGUCUGGUGGAAGAAAGCCAAGGUUGAAGCCGAGGAGGAGCGAAGGUAUGUGGAGACGAGUGGUUGGUACGAUGAUUGAAGCCGGCCCAUUAUCGGUCCGUAGGGCGAUGUCUCGUCCAUAGCUUGUAAGUUUCCAGUCGAGUUUGGCGUCUUCGAUAUACAGGUAACAAGGCCCACAGUUUUUCAUUCUUUGAAG